CUUAAAUAUAAAUGUAAACAAAAGGAGGAGGUACAACCCUUGCUACCAUGCUUGAACUGGAGAAUUAUGACAUCAGAAUUACACUCGGUACUGGAUCUUUUAGAAGAGUCCGUAUUGCCAAGGAAAAGAAAUCCUGAAGAUAUUUAGCAGCCAAAAUAUUGAAAAAGCAGAAAUUAUUAAAACGAAGCAAGUUGAUCAUAUUAUGAAUGAGAAUAAUAUUCUAGCCUCUAUUGAUCAUCCCUUUAUAAUCUCUAUGGAUAGCUUUACCCAAGAUGAUAAGCAUCUUUCCCUUGUUAUUGAAUUUGUGAGGGAAUGAGAGAUGUUCACUUAUUGAAGAGGAAUUGGAAAAUUUGAUGCUAAAAAGCCCAGUUCUACUCAUUCCAAGUCGCAUCGAUGUUUGAAUACUUUCACAAAUAUUCUUAUUGAUAAUCUGGGGUAUUUGAAGCUCACAGAUUUUAGAUUUACCAAAAUUGUUGAAUUAAGAAAUUACAUCUUGAGUGGAACCCUCGAAUACUUGGCACUAGAGAUGCUUCUUAACAAAGGACAUGGAACGCCAGAAGAUUGGUGAACAUCUAGAAUUAUAUUGAAUGAAAUUAUUGCUUGAAUUGACCCCUUCUCAGACAAAGACCCAAUGCUUAAUUUACCAAAAGAUUCUGAAAGAAAAAGCUGAUCUUUCCAAGAGGUACAGCAAAUUGAAGAGAAGAGUAAAUGAUAUCAAGGGUCACAGGUUCUACAAUGGCUCAAUUGAUCUCAGCUGCUUAAGAAAGAGGUUGAUCCACCGUAUAUUCUACCAACCAAAAGAGAAGGAGGUCCAGGAUGUUUCCCUCCAUACCCAGAUUCUGACACUGAGCCUCUAGCUGUAAAAGAAAGUGAAGAUCCUUUCUUAUACUGGUAAAUUUAUUUGUAGUAAUUGCCUAUA